AGGGAGUAAUUGGUGCCUGGAGAAUCGUCGCGCUCGCUGGUGGUUGUGUUCAUGGUGUCAUCGUCAUGUGCCAUUUUUCAUUCUCUUAUUUAUUAUCCAUGGAUUCGCUCGGAUUUGACGUGAUGGCGGUUCAUGUGGAUCAAUUGGUGGAUGAUUUGGGGUCAAAGAAAGUUAUCUCAUCCACUGUUAUCAGUAGCUGAGUACCAGUUGGAUGGUGAAACCUCACCAAACUCAGGUGGUUUAAGGAAAAGAAAAAAAGAUAUACUCAGGUGGCUUAAGGAAAAGAAGAAAAGAUAUCAUUUUGCCAUAGCCCCUUGAUUUGUCUGCGGGAAUUCCCUAGCUCACUGAGAGACUUUGGUUAAAGCUUGCGAUUUGGAUGAGUUUCCAUGCUUGGAAGAAGGUCCAGAAAUACCUGAUCUGACAUAACUCCUGUACAGCUUAUCAACAUGGGAAUCUACCUCAGUACCCCCAAAACUGAUAAACUAUCUGAAGAUGGGGAAAGUGAUAAGCUUAAAUUUGGUCUUUCCUCUAUGCAAGGAUGGCGUGCAAGCAUGGAGGAUGCUCAUUCAGCUUUGCUAAAUCUCGACAAUGAGACAUCAUUCUUUGGUGUUUUUGAUGGCCAUGGAGGAAGAGUGGUUUCCAAAUUCUGUGCGAAAUAUUUACACACUCAAGUUCUUAGAAAUGAAGCCUAUUCUGCUGGUGACCUAGGCACUGCUGUUCAUAAAGCUUUCUUCAGAAUGGACGAAAUGAUGAGAGGACAGAGAGGCUGGAGAGAACUAUCAGCACUUGGGGAUAAGAUAAACAAGUUUAGUGGUAUGAUAGAAGGGUUGAUUUGGUCUCCGAGAGGCAGUGAUUCAAAUAAUGGAGAAGAUGAUUGGUCUUUUGAAGAGGGACCCCACUCUGAUUUUGCUGGGCCAACAUGUGGAAGUACAGCAUGUGUAGCGGUAAUAAGAAAUAACCAACUUGUUGUGGCGAAUGCUGGUGAUUCCCGUUGUGUUAUUUCUAGGGCUGGCCAGGCAUACAAUUUGUCAAGAGACCACAAGCCGGAGCUUGAAGCCGAGAGAGAAAGAAUACUAAAAGCUGGGGGUUUCAUCCAUAUGGGACGAAUAAAUGGAAGUUUAAACUUGACAAGAGCAAUUGGGGAUAUGGAAUUUAAACAGAACAAAUUCUUGCCUCCUGAGAAGCAAAUUGUGACUGCAAAUCCUGACAUCAAUGUUGUGGAGCUUUGCAACGACGAUGACUUUCUUGUUUUAGCAUGUGAUGGCAUUUGGGACUGUAUGUCAAGCCAACAAUUGGUGGAUUUCAUCCAUGAGCACAUACAAAAGGAGAGCAGCCUUUCUGCGGUGUGUGAAAGAGUACUUGACAGAUGCCUGGCUCCAUCAACAAUUGGUGGAGAGGGAUGUGACAACAUGACCAUGAUUCUGGUGCAGUUCAAAAAGCCUCUCGGUCAGAGCAAAAAGGCCGAUGCAGGGGAGCAAUCUGCGAAAAAUGUGGAACAGCCCGAGAUUAAGCAUUCGCUUUCAUAAGCAGACCAAUUGAAGAAGCCGUCAUUGUACAUAUCGAUUGUUUGUCAAAUGAUGAGUCUGCACACAAUAUGUAAAUGGGAAUGGCUGGAGCAGCAGAGAAAAACCCUGGUGCACAGUUUUUAUGCGCCAUCCACCAUUUCAGUUAUCCUGCCAAAAAGUUGAACAUUCUAACUGUGGACAUGAUUCCAGUUGUCGACGCCUCAGACUGAUCAAGUUGCUGUAUUCUGUUCUUUGCUUGUAAACCUGGGCUAGUUUUCCUUUCUUUGGUGGUGGUUUUUGUGUGCUGUGAAUCUGUGAUAGAUAUGCCAAUUUGCAUUCCAUUUGGUGGUUAUUACUUCUGAUCAUGUGAAUCUGAAACUAGUUCUAUCAUGUGCUGUCUGUUGGUUAGUUCCAGUGAGCGUGCUGCCUGUUGUUGUGGUGAUUUUACAGAAGCCUCAAGGAAAUGCAGUUACUGCUCUCAUUUCAUAUUGCAAAAUAAAUUGGUCACAAACCCAGUAUGUGAAAGCAUAAUCUUUGAUCAAAUAUAGAUUUUG